ACGUCGCAUGGUGCGGCGGCGCGACGGUCGAUAGCUGGAGCGGCAGGCGGUGCCGUUAGUGGCCCGGGUCACAGUUGGGAUCGAUACCGGCGGCGGCGCGGCGGCAUCGCGCGGCAACGGCACGAGUGGAGUAUCCAGUCCGCCGCGACUUUGGCGGCGAACGCGCGACACGCACCCGCGCUCCUCCAUGCUACCACGGCUCGCGCCAUGAGCGCCCGCCCCCGCAGCGCGCCGCUUCUGCUCGCGCUGGCGGCUGCAUUUUUACCGCAAGCCAACCAUGUCGCGGGUGCCGGUGGGGGUGGCAUGUUCGGCGACGUCAAUAUAUCUGCCAUUUUGGAUUCAUUUAGUAUAAGUUACGACAAAAGAGUAAGGCCCAAUUAUGGAGGUCCGCCAGUGGAGGUGGGCGUCACCAUGUAUGUGCUCUCUAUCAGCUCCGUCUCCGAAGUGCUCAUGGAUUUCACGCUGGAUUUUUACUUCAGACAGUUUUGGACAGACCCCAGAUUAGCGUAUAAAAAAAGAACAGGAGUGGAGACAUUGUCGGUAGGAUCUGAGUUCAUAAAGAACAUAUGGGUGCCCGAUACAUUCUUUGUAAAUGAGAAACAAUCGUAUUUCCACAUAGCAACUACUAGCAACGAAUUUAUACGUAUACAUUACUCCGGCUCAAUCACUAGGAGUAUCAGAUUAACAAUCACAGCAUCAUGUCCAAUGAAUCUUCAAUAUUUCCCAAUGGAUCGGCAAUUAUGUCAUAUUGAAAUCGAGAGUUUCGGGUACACUAUGAGAGAUAUUCGAUACCACUGGAAAGACGGAUUAUCAAGCGUCGGCAUGAGCAAUGAAGUGCAGCUGCCGCAGUUCAGGGUUCUCGGCCAUCGGCAGCGGGCUACCGUUGUUACGCUUACGACAGGUAAUUACUCAAGGCUGGCAUGUGAAAUUCAAUUUGUCCGUUCUAUGGGAUAUUACCUUAUCCAAAUAUACAUUCCUUCCGGUCUAAUUGUGAUUAUAUCAUGGGUGUCAUUUUGGUUAAAUCGAAACGCAACACCUGCUCGUGUGGCUUUGGGAGUCACUACUGUAUUGACGAUGACAACUCUCAUGUCGUCUACCAAUGCUGCUUUACCCAAGAUUUCGUACGUCAAAUCUAUUGACGUAUAUUUGGGAACCUGUUUCGUCAUGGUCUUCGCCAGUUUAUUAGAAUAUGCUACGGUGGGUUAUAUGGCCAAAAGGAUACAAAUGAGGAAACAAAGAUUUGUGGCUAUACAAAAAAUAGCGUCCGAAAAGAAACUGCCAGUAGAUUGCCCUCCUGUAGGAGACCCACACACACUCUCUAAAAUGAGUACUUUGGGACGAUGUCCUCCAGGAAGGUCUUCGGUAAGCUGUUCGGAGGUCCGCUUCAAAGUUCACGACCCGAAAGCACAUUCAAAAGGAGGAACUCUGGAAAAUACAAUAAAUGGUGGACGAGGUGGAGCAGAAGAAGAAAAUCCUGGUCCUCCUCCUCAUAUUCUUCACCCUGGAAAGGACAUAAGCAAACUUCUGGGUAUGACGCCUUCGGACAUCGACAAGUAUUCGCGCGUCGUGUUCCCCGUUUGCUUCAUCUGCUUCAAUCUCAUGUACUGGAUCAUCUACCUGCACGUAUCCGACGUAGUGGCUGACGAUCUGGUUCUUCUGGAAGAAGAUAAAUAGAGGGCGCUUUAUAGAAUCCACUUAUUUUCUCACCAAAAAUAUUUAAAUAAUAAUUUGAAACAGAUUAUGGAAUCACUUAAAAUAUACUCAACAACAUGUUGAAAUCUAUUUAGUCAGCAGUAGCAUUACUUUUACUGUGUAGGUGACGUAGUGAUACCUACAUUAUAUUUCGGAAUGAAUUUGUAGAUAUUAACCGUAAUGCCUAGAUGUUAACUUUAUAAAUAUGAAAUGUAACAUAAUAGAAAUGUAAAUAUUAUAGAUUUGAAAGAUACGAGUAUAUUACGGGUGUCUUAAUUUAAAUUGAGACUAAAUAUUUUCUUGGAGUCUGAAGUAGAAAACAAAACGACUGAUGUUUUUUAUCAUUUUUAAAAUGGAGAUAAAUAUUUGUUUUUAUUAAAUGGCGAAUAUAAUUAGGUGGUAGUUUCUUCACUUAACUCCCAGUUCUUGAUGAUCUAACCACUUGUAAAUAUUAGCUUUCAAUAUGAUAGCUGAUAGAUAGGUAGCUGUUUCGUAAAAUGAAAUCGAACUUGAAGUGUCCAAUUGCCAUUAUAUUGUUUUGAGUAGGUAUGUCUUUACUUAGACUUACGUAAGUUAUGUGUUUUGUAUUUUAAAUUUGAUUAAAAAUUGCAAGAGAACAAAAUAAGUUUCAAAUUAUUAUUUGUGUAGAAAAAUGAGUGGAUUUAUUCUUAAUAGAUAAUCUGAUGCUCAACUUACUCUGCUUGAAGUAAUAGAAUUACUUUUGUAGAAUUUUUGUAUUUGUUAAUAAAAUGUGAUUUGUUUAUUCUUUGCUAAUUCUAUUGUUGUGAUUAAAAGUCUUAGGUAUUUUAUUUUAACAGUAGUUGCUAACCAUUGCAAUUAACCCUGGACAAUUUUUAUUUAUAUACAGUAGCUUUAUGUUUUGUAACUUGUAAAAAUAAUUGAUGAAUGUCUUUAUGACUAAUUUGCUUUUCAUCAACAAACGCAUGCUGAGUUCUGGACAUUGGAUUAUACUUUAUUUCGUACGUUUACAAUAUUUCAAUCAAACAAUUAUUAUUUAAAACAAAAUUACGAUGUCAGAAAUCAACAUUUCGUAUGCUAAUUAAGUUUCCUCGACACAAUGUGAUUCAGGUAAAUAUUCACGAAUUGCUACAAAUCUGUUUUGUAAUAUUAUUUUUAUUAUAGCAUCAAAUCCACUAGUGGCAUGCAUGCGCGAAGUUGAAGUGUCAAAAUUCUAAACCUCCAGCAUGUAUGUUCCUAACUUUAUUAUAAAUAUCCAAUGUUUACAUCAGAAAAAGCUUACAAUUCAUUCUUCUCAUCUCUAUUAUGCCUUAAUUAUUAAUAAUAGAAACACCAUGGCAGUAGAUAGAUUAAGCCUAUAUUAAGCCUAGUCCACUAAAUUAGUAAGGUUACAUUCAUAAUCACUACAUUUUCUCUUUCAGUUUACUAACACGAAACAAAGAAAUAUUUACGUACGUAAUAUGCUUAAAAUAAAUUAGUCAAGGUGAAAUUUUCUGAAAAUUUGUCUAAAUAUAAACAAAUAAACUACUAAAAAAAAUCACUAUAGUAACAGUAAGUAGCUGUAAUGUGGAUUUGCGUGUUUAUUUGUAAUGGUUAAAAAAUUUCAAAUGCUCAAAAAAUAACAUAAAAGAAAUAAAUACGAAUGCCAGCAAUUUUUGUAAUAAUGAUUUGAGUAAUUUGAGUAUCUUGGGAAGUUAAUUAGCUUGAAUAUCUAAAUAAAAUAUUUAUUUGUUUAAAAUUAUUCUUAUGUAAAAAUACACCGAUAUAGAUAGUUAAAAAAAAACUUGAUGACUUUGGCUAACUAUUAUAAUAACUCUCGUUAUCAUUGUGAUAAUCACGUUUGUUUUAAUGGUAUAGAUCAACCACGAUAAUUUAUUACUGCAAACUGUUUUUAUAUAAAAAUAAUACAAUAUGUUCCUUUAUUCUUUUAUUAUUGGCAUUUGGAUUUAAAUAGAUAUAUUAGUUCAUCUAAAUAAGCAAUAACAAAUUAUAGAAAACAAAACAUUGCCAUAAAAUGAGACACGUGAUAAUAUAAUAUUUUUCUAAAUGAAAACUUAACACAUUUAGUUAAUAUAAUAUUGAACAUAUAGCUCUCUACAGAAAUCAUUCUAAACUCUGUAUAUUUGAAAUAAAAUUUAUUCGUUUUUACAACCUUACAGUCGUGUUUGGUGGAAUGCGACAUAAAAUUAACAUAAUAAUGAAAUAAUUUAUUGGAUAUUCGACAUAUUAUUUUAAAUUAGGUAUAUUAGUUACCUACAUUUAGCAUAUUCCUACAUGCAGUCAUAUGCAUUAAUUUAAGAUAAUGUUUUGCGAGUUUAGUUAGACGUCUGCACGUUUAUAAUAUUUAAUGUGAUUGGGAAAAAACAAAAUGCCUAUAAUCUACUAAUUCACUUUCUUUCUUCUUCUCCGCAUUAAUGAUCUGUUAUUUGUGGUUGUGCACGUUUUGCUGUUAUAUUAUAGCAGCAAUUUAAACAGAAAUAAUGAAUUGGAUAAUAUUAUUAUUAUUAUCUACAAGAUUACUUAUUUUUUAAAUUAAAACAAAUUACUUUCUUGAUAAAAAGUAGUAAGCAAACUACUUCAACAUUAUCAAUGACAUGGCAUGUCGUUAUCUCAUAAUACAUAAAACACUAAUCUGUAUAUAUAGUUGACAAAUAGAGGAAUACUAGUAUUUAUUAUUCAACACUUAUGCCGUACGUUCUCAAUUUAAGACCUAUAUGGUUUUAAUGACAGUAAAAAAAGAACAGAUCAAUGGCCUUGCAUUUAAAAUUAUUGUAGAUAAAUUUAUAGAAUUCAUUGACCAUUUCUACAUUUGCUAUCUUACAUAGACUAGCCGCACCGUAGACCAUGCAAUGCGCUUUCCUAAAUUAGUUCGAUUUAGAAAAAAUAGCUUUUUUAGCUAGCUCGUAUUCUCUAAAGAAAGUCUUGUAGUUGAGAUGCAUAAUAUUGAGCAUUAGAACGAUGUUGUUAGAGUGGGAAAGUAAUUCUAAAGCUCGCAUUAAUUGUGAUUCGCUCACAAGAUUUGUGAGUAAAGGAUUAAUUUUCCUUCUUUAACAACAAACACUUGCCCUCAGUUAUCUGACAAGCAGGAUUCCCUGUCUUCAGCUACGACCAACAAAAUGUAGUUCGCGAAUGGCGGGUUUCUUAAGGUUGGGAAAAAAAAUAAUAAUUAACUUACAAUUAACAUCGUCAGUGACUCUUGGGUGCAAUGAAUGCUAUACAUAUAUUAUAUAUAUAUAGCACUGCCGUGAAAUCAAACAAAAAAGAAUUAAUUAUACCAUUGAUAUAAAUUUAAGAAAACAAUUACUAUAUAAUAUACGACGACGUUUUAAUUUAAAAUUCCGAAGAAAAAAAAUAGCGUUUAGUGAUAGAUUUUAUAAAAAUGUUACAAUUUACAAGUACAGCCUUAUGGAACCUUUGUUAUAUAGGUAAUUAUUUGACUUUAGAAUUAUCCUUUAUUCAAAUGUAGCAACUAGAACAUAAGUGAUUUUGUAUGAAGUAUAAAAAAAAAACAAUAAUAAAAAGAACAUUAAAAUUACCAAUGACUUUUAUCAAUGCUCAUUUGUGAAUACUUAAUAAUCAUUCAAUUAUUAAUUAUUUAAUUGAAUUAACCGUAUCUAUGAAUGAAGGAUUUUCCUUGUUGUCAUGUCUUAAAUAUUUAUUUGUUGAUUUUGCAAAUGUAAUUUUAUUAGAAUGUUACAAAUCUCUUGAUUCUGUCUUUCGGUAUUAUCAACUUAAGCUGAUUCACGCCUAAAGCUACUAUUUAUUACAAUUAAUGUACAUUGGAACCGUAAUUAAUAUAUUAGAGAUAAACGAAAUUAGAUGUGUAAAUUUUAGAUGUCUUAAAUUAUUAUAACGAAUAUUGUAACAUAUAUUAAUACUUUAAAUUUAUGUAAUUAUAGUAAAUUGCACUCAGAUAUAAAGGCACUCCGUAAUCUGUGUAUUCACUUUUUAUUUAAUUGCAAUUUAUUAUUAUAUUCUAAUCUAUUAGAUAAUAUCGAUAGAUUAAGAUUUAGGUUUUGCUGGUAGAGCGUUUGAAUGUAGUUGUUAUACUACGACGCAGCCUCGGCUUCGUCUCUCCGAAACGAAAUUCUAAAAUAUUUGUCUAGUGAUUAGUGACUAAGUACGAGACAAAUAGCUCUAAGAAAUAUAUCUUAGACAAUUAAUGGCAUUCUAAGUAUGCACAUCCACUAAAAUGUCACCGUUAAGAUAGAGGGAUAGGGUUGUAAUGUAUGAAUCCGACGUUUACUUUCUAAUAUUGAAUAAUAUGCUCACCAAAUUAAGGCGUCAAUAAAUACAAAAAUAUGGCUACGAUUUUAAGUCCAAUUGUAUCCAUAUGAGUAAAUGUUAUAUAAGUAACUUACUUUGUAUCUUUGUGUGAUUUGAUUUUAUACAUAUAUGUAUUGUCACAAAGUUUACAUUCAUUACUUCUUAACAAGACAAGCGUUUUGUAUUAUGUAAUUGUAUGCAUUUAUUGACUAUAAUUAAAGUCGAAAUAAUAGAAUAAUUUAUAAGUAGUAAAUACAUACAUACUCAUAAACAAAUUAAAAGUGCACGACUAUAAUGAUGCCUUAGACAACUUAUGACAACAAAACCAUCGCACACGUUAUAUUAAUAGUAGUGCAUCGUCGUCUGAAACUUAGCUUUAAAAGCCAACAGAUUGACAGUAUAAAAAUAACUGCCGGAUAUCACCAAUAUUGCAUCAGACUAAUUACUAAAAGUUAUUAUCUCAGACUAAUAAAAGUAAAAAAUAAUAGUUCAGAAUAAUAACUAUAGGUACGAGAUUAGUUUGGUAAAAGUAAAUAGAGUCAGAAAAUAAUUUUAUUUCUGUACAGUAAUGUAACAAAAUACUUAUCUUCUAAAUAAACGCUAGAAACCAGUUUUAACAUUGUGAAAAGAAUGAAUGAAAUAUAUACAUUUUAAAACAGCACUUUUCUUAGAUGUAACAUUAUAUAAAUAAAUAACUUCUAGUACCCAAAGAUCCUUUAAUAUAAAUGUAUAAAAUUCUUAUAUACUAUAUAUAUUAUACAACUACUGUGUCUAAUUUUAUCACUGAAAUUUUAUUUUCUUGCUCAAUAUUAAAUAAAACAUAUUUUUAAAUUUAUGUACAUCAAUAAAAAUUCUAAUUGUACCUUGUCAAAAAUUAUUCAAUAUUAUUAAAUAUAUAAGUAUUGAAAUCGUCAAUUUUAAUGAGUUCGUCGUAAAAUCUAAUACGGAUCAUUACAUCAAAUUUAUUUAAAUGUGCUUAAAUAAAUUUAAAAAAUAUAUAUAAAAUCAUCUAUUAAUUUAAGAUUAUAAUCCUAAUAAAUCAUACACAGCUUAAUUACAUAAAUUAACAUUUAUAUAAGUUUAACUUAUUCGGGUGAUUAUAUUUUAAGCCAAAUAUGACUACCCUCACGCAAUAUUCUAUACAUCUAAAAUUUUAUGAAUGUAUUACUAGAAGAUAUAGAAAUGACUGUUAAACAUUAAGUUACAUCAAAUGGAAGAGUGUCUGCGAUUUGAUUGUUAUUCUAAAGAUAUUUCAAAUAUAAUAUUAUUACGAGUAUUAAUUACAAUUAUUGUCCAAAGUAUGAUGUCGUCUCCUUUCUAAAAUUACCCUUUAAUUAUGAAAGUUAUUAAAACCUAUGUAUUUAUUAUUUCGUCCCUGUGUUUCAAUCAUGGUAGUAUGAACGUUGUAAUGAAAUUAGAAUUUAUUAUGUUUCUAUUUAUCACUUAAUAAACUAUCUCACGGCAAUAUGACGGCAUCAAUAUUUUAUAUGUAAUUAGAUUUAGUGUUUCUCUCCCAUUUAUUCUAACACCAACACACAUAUAUCACUAAAACCUCCUUAAAAAAUAAAUGUCAUGACUUCAAGCGUAUUCGUAUUCACUCAUAAAUUCGCAACGGAACAUUACCAAGUAAUAAUUAUUAGUAAUCAUAUUGCUCACUUUAAACAUUUAGAACAAAAAUGGAGUGUCGUCUGAGUAAUGAUCACAAAUUGUUCAAUAAAUUAGCACGACAACCUUAUACUUAGUUUUGUAAGUAAUAAAAUAAUAUAAUACUUGAAAGAAAUGGCUCAAAAAUAAUAUUUGGAUUCGUUGUCAUUAAUAAUAAAAUUAUAAACAAUUUCGUAACUUCGUGCGCUUACAACCAAUUUGUUACCUCAAAAAUAAUCACCAAUUAAAUCCAAAUAAUAGGAUUAUUGUAGCGUUAUAGAUAAUUUACACAAAUAGAAUAAUAUGGUCGGUGUAUUAGUAGAUCCGAUGUAGAGUAAUAACAACUAAUCUGAUGAAGAAAAAACUUUUAUUGAGACCUUAAAAAUACUAGAAAUUUAACAGUCAUGACGUGCUGUGUUAAGAAAAACAUACUAAUGGAUGUUGAAGUAGGUACACUAUAAAAUAUGAUAAUAAAGUGAAUUCUAAAUAUAAAAAAAUUGAAGCAAUACAAUAGACCAUAGCAGGAGACCCGAAGGAGAUAGCCUGUGAACAUAUUAUACGCUUUAUAAUUAUGUAGAUAAGCAUAACCGAGUCAAUAUGAUUUCAUUUUUAAGGGAAUAUGUUAUCGAUUAUAUUUAAAAAAUAGUGUUGUAAACUUAUCGAAAAUAUAUUUCGUGAAAUCAGUUUUAUAUUAUAUUAUUAUUAGCUACACUGUAGUUAUUUGUGUACUUAUGAAUGAUUACUAUUAAUAAUGUAAAAAUGAAAAAGAAAAAAUAAAAUCAUUUUUCAAGUAAACAAUA